AGGAAUGCACGGGUUACAAAACAUAAGAAACUAGCACACACAUUGAUAUAAUUGCUUGACAGGCCUUGGCAAGGGCGCUAAAACAUUGUCCCAACUGAAUGUAGUUUCCAGAAUAUGAAUACAAAUGGAUCCCGCUGCGACCACAGCUCCUUUGCAGAACGACUGUGAAACCGAGUUGGAAAGUAAGAAACUUGGGUCCAAUUCAGUGUGGAGCUGGUGGCCGUCCUGGCGUCCAACCUCUAUGUCCCUGCUGAAAACCACUGAGUCCAAGAUUCUGGCCUGUAUUCAGAAUGACCUGUGGGCCCGGUUUGUGACCCUUCCGAACCAGGACAAAAUAUGGACUCUAACUCUUACCAACAAGGUCGUUCGCAAAUCUGCAGAGCAAGGACCUAAGACCCCCCUGGUUAUGGUCCAUGGUUUCGGAGGAGGAGUCGGACUUUGGAUCAGAAACCUGGACGCACUGAGCCGCUCACGACCCGUUUACGCCUUUGAUCUAUUGGGUUUUGGCAGAAGUUCCAGACCAUACUUUCCCUCAGAUGCUAUCAAGGCAGAGGAGCAGUUUGUUGACUCUAUAGAACAAUGGAGAAAAUCUGUAGGUCUGGAGAGCAUGAUUCUGCUGGGACACAGUCUUGGGGGAUACCUGGCUACCUCAUAUGCCAUCCAGUACCCCUCUAGGGUGUCACACCUUAUCCUGGUGGACCCCUGGGGCUUUCCCGAGCGACCCCAGGCUCAGACACAGACCCAGGAUGGUCAGAGCUCAGAGAUGGCAAAGAGGCCAUCUCCCCCCCGAUGGGUGAAAGCCAUCGCGGCAGUUUUCUCCCUCUUCAACCCGCUGGCUGUCAUUAGAGCAGCAGGCCCAUGGGGGCCGGGGUUGGUGAACAGAUUCCGUCCUGAUUUCAAAAGAAAAUUUGAGGAUCUGUUUGAUGAUGACACAAUGACACAGUACAUCUACCACUGUAAUGCUCAAACCCCAAGUGGUGAGGUGGGUUUCCGGGCCAUGUCAGAGUCUCUAGGCUGGGCCAAGAGGCCCAUGCUGCAGCGGGUUAGUCUACUGCCUCCCUCCAUGCCUGUAACAAUGCUGUAUGGGGCUCGGUCCUGGGUGAGCAGCUCAUCUGGGGACCUGAUGGCCGAGUUGAGGAAAGAGGCUCACACCAAAGUGAUGCUAAUUGAUGACGCUUCGCACCAUGUUUAUGCCGAUCAACCGGAAGAGUUCAACAAAGUGGUGAAUGAUAUAUGUAAAUCUGCAGACUGAGCACGGACCUGUGUGGGUCUGCACGGACUGAAAUAAAUGUAAAAAGACAAUUCACUAUGGUGGUUUUAACCCUGUGACCUUUGCAUGUUAAGCAUGCUAAAUAAUGUUGCUUUGAAAUAUCCGUAGACAUCAUAGGUUUGCGGCAAUUAUAUUGUUGAUAGUGCUGCAAAUAUAUGUUCACUGUUAUUUGUUAGCCAAUGAGAUAUUAUUAAGUACAUAUAUUUAUACUGUUUGUUGUAUUUUUGUCCACAUGAAGGAUUAGCCAAACCACAUUUUCAAGUGCAAAAAUGAUGAUGUAUUAGCUCACUUCUUUAAUGACAUAAAGUGAAACAUUCAGAAUGCACUGGCUUUAUUUAUCACAGAAGCCUCAUAGCCACUGAUUCAUUCUUUAACAUGUGCCUGAUGCCGUCUAUUUUUUGUUGCCCUUGUCCGUCUUUUAUCACUGUAUCAUACAGCUCGUCUGUUUUUUGUACCUUUUCAAAGAAUAAAUAUGUUUGUUGGACGAAACAUCCGCCUGUGAUGCAACUGCCACAGGUGGCAGUUAUAAUCCAGCCAGUAGAGGGCAGCAUCGAGCGCAAUUUCUGAUGAGUUCUUCC